GAGCUGAGCGCGUGUGUCAUAUGAGCCCAGUAGCAAAGAAACGCACCAGAGCCGAACAUCUAAUGGAUCAAUCUCAGCGAGUUUACUGACUGGAUCCUGUGUAUGUGUGUGUGUGGCAGCAGCUUCUGGACUGAGUGAUUGCCCCGCUGCGAUACACACUUGGUAACGCAGAGUCACCUGGAGAGUUUUUUUUUUUCUUUUUCUAGAAGUGAAGUGAAGACGCGCAGCGAUGACAGCCGAGUUUGCUUUUCUUCGAAGUGACUGAGAGCCGCAUCUCGCUGCGCCGCAUCCGAUCUGACUGACUGAGCCUUGUGUGAGGAUGCAAAGGAGAUCCAGGAUGAAUCCCGCUGUCAUUGCAGUGUUGCUUGUUGUGGCUGGGGCUCUGGCCAAUCAGGAGGAUUGUUUGUCGGGCCAGUAUACAACCAGUGGUGAAUGCUGCGAGCAGUGCCAGCCCGGUGAGGGCGUCAUCAAACCAUGUGGAGACACACAGACUGUCUGUGCACCCUGCCUUGACAGUGAAACCUUCUCAGAAAACUUCAGUCACACAGAGAAAUGUCAGCCCUGCACAGUCUGCACAGGUCUACUCCGCAUGAAGGCGCCCUGCACAGACUCUAACGACGCCACCUGUGUGUGCAACUAUAACUACUACAUGGAUGAACUCUCUCAGCGGUGUGAACCCUGCACCAAAUGUCCUUUGGGCCAGGGCAUGCUGCUGAGCUGCGAGUUUGACCAUGACACGAUGUGUGAGGAGUGCACCGUGGACACGUACUCGGACCAGGAAAGUUCUCGGGAGCCCUGCAUCCCCUGCACCACCUGUGAUGAUGGGGAAAUGUUAACACCCUGCACACCUAUCUCUGAUACAGUUUGUCAAGCUCCCACAGUUUACGAUGAUUCAGUGUCUCCCACAAACUAUACAAGCAACUUCACGCCCGUGUAUGGAGAAUAUGAUGAAACAGACGACCUCCCACCAAGUACUCCAGACACCACCACCACCGUCACUAAUGGUGAUUCCAAAGAGCCGAUCCACCAUCUGAAUGACAAACUCAUCCCCAUUUACUGCUCCAUCCUGGCUGCUGUUGUGGUCGGCCUAGUGGCCUUCAUCAUCUUCAAGAGGUGGAACAGCUGCAAGCAGAACAAGCAAGGUGCCAACAACUGCACAGCCAACCAGAACCAGACGCCGUCACCUGAGGGCGAGAAGCUGCACAGUGACAGCGGCAUUUCUGUGGACAGCCAAAGUCUGCAGGAGCAGCAGGGCCAGACUCAGGCACAGACAGUCGUCACCAUGGAUGAAGAGCCUUGUUUGCUCCUUCCUCUCCACACCAGAGAGAAAGUAGAGAAGCUGCUGUACAUGGGCAGCGAAGGAGACGACUGCAACCACAUGGAAGACAGUGACUGGUGCAACCUGGCGGGCCUUCUGGGAUACGAGGAGGAGCGAAUCGCCACCUUCCGACAGGAAGAGCAUCCUGUCCGCGCGCUCCUGUCUGACUGGGCGAGCAAGGACUGCGCCAGCAUCGACACGCUGUGCACGGCACUGCGCAAGAUCAACCGUGACGACAUCGCCCAGAGUCUGGUGCUGAGCCCGAGUGCUGUAAAGCCCACCGCCACUUCUGUAGUGUGAUUUAAGCUUAACAGUGAGCAAACCACCUGAACCUUAAUCUUAAUAUUCCUCCAUGGCCUCCCUCUCACCAUAAUUCAUGCCACAACCGCUGUAAGCUAUUCCCUCAUGAAGCCAGCAGUCAAAUCUCAACAAUUGUUUUAUGUUCAGUGAAAGGAUGAGACAGGGAGAUUCCAGUAAUUAGACAAAAACUGAAUUAUCACCAUACCUAAUCAAGCCAAAAUCCUUCACAUAGCCAUCAGGAUGUCCUCAUAAUAGUUCAUUCUCGCAUUUUAAAAUCAACACAGUAUAAGGCCUAUGUGGAAGGAAAUUGUCUAUAAACAUUCCAUAUGUGUGCCUGGAUAUCCCCCUGCUUUUCCACACCACCACGGAGCAGCAGUGCGCUUUUUAGACUUAAUUCAGUGUGGAUACCUGGCUCUUUCAUUCCUACAACUCCGAUCCUCUGCGUCUUCACUCAUUGUCAGUUUGUCCCUUACUUUUAACAUUCAAAAGCCAGUGUUGUAUCUUUAAAUGUUACUUUACAAAUCUACGCUACCAAAGAGAAGUAAACGUCUGGAGACCAUACCUGACAAGCAACAUUAUUUACAUGCCAUGCUAGAUUUUUUGAAUUUAAGUUGUCAAAUGGCUUGAUGUGGCCUGCAUACCACAGAGGAUCCGGACCUUUGCAAAAUAUGACAACCUGAGGAAGGAUGCUUGGAUGCUUUUCAAAUGAACCUGUUCUCCUUCAGCAAAAAGAAAAGUCCAGCUAUUUACUCUUAUUUUAAAUACUUGUAUUACUUUCAAGACAUUGCGCUGCAGCACACAUGGAAGUAAUCAGCGGCUCUUGCAGACUCUUCCUUUUUCCGACAAGUGCUAUCAGAGCCACUGGCUGAACUUUGUCAACUAGGUGGUCUGCGGGGCAGGUCGUUGACCGAGGCAACAUGAGACACUGCUCUAUGUCCUCGGGCCUAUCUGCAUAACACAGGAGCCCCCACACAGACUCCUUCAUACUGACCCAGAAAAGGGAAGGACAUGGAAUUCAAACCUUGAGUCACCACGUGUAUACUGUGUGUACAUAGGCAGACACCAUGCACAUACCAUGCAUACAUACACACACGCAGUCAUACAGUAUGUAACCAUGCAUGCAUGUACAAUACAAACACACACGCACACAGAUCAUGUAUACAUUUACAUUCUUACUCAUUGUAGAGGACGGAGAACUUCAGAUCCUGCCAUAUACUGUGUGAAACACUCUCAUGAGCGGACCAUGUACGGAUGCAGCCACCUAGAAUUUCCUCUCACAUCCGAUGGACUUUCGGCUGCUAGUCAGUUACCAGUCAACUCCCAGCCAUAUAAUCAUCAUACAUACUCUGUCUGGGGGGAAAACUCUCUCAUAUACAUCAAAUAUAAUAAGAACAGCUAAUUUCAGGCACAGUAGAUCGCUUCAGCUUCCAUAAUCACUAUCAUAAUCUGUCUGGUAAAUAUACAACUGGUCUUGCUUAGGGGUGUUACGAGUUGGCCUCAUGUUCACUACAGCAUUGAAGGGAAUUUCAUUCCAGCCAAGGACCUGGAAAGGUCCCAGCGGGGAUCCACGACGGACCUGCCUGGGCCGUAUCACUGAGUAAUGGGAAAUUCUAGGUGGCUGCAUCUGUAUUGUUUAAUCUCAUUAUUAGUAGCCAAUUUAAGGUAACUCUGUGACUUUAGAAACUGUGUCUAAAAUCUAUAUAAUUUGCCGUGUGUGCUAUAGAUGGUGAAAUGCUACCUUAACCGUAAAAAGCAUGCAGGAACUAGCAACUCACUGUCAGCCAGCGCACAAAUUCCAACCCAAAAAAAACACACAGAACAAUCAGGAUGCAAAACAAAAACCCAGGGUUUUCUAUCUUGUUUGCUUUAUUUCUCAGGGUAUCUUCAAAGAUUGUGUUACUACAUCGAUAUUACACUUUUUGCACCCUCGAUAGACACUGUGUUUAUCCACGGCAGUGAUUCUUGCGACUGACAAUCCUUCAAACAGGUGAAUAAGCGAGGGGAAACCUGCCAGAGAGGAAAGAAAAAGGGUGUCUUGUUUCCUCAUUGUUUGCAACAAUGACCCCUGGAUAAAAGGCAAGUCAGUGGAGACAUAAGUCAAAGGAUGUGGGAUGAUCAGACAGAGGGAAAGCGGAAAAGUUUCGGAUUACUUCAAUGUAAAGGUGAAACCCAGGAUUCAGCGUUUGCAUUAAUCAGCUUGUUUAAGUAUAAGCAUGCAUUACUCUGCUCAUUGAACAUCGUGCUGUGCUGCACCGAUUUGGUCUGAAUUUGUCAAAGCAUACUUUAUGUACUCUGCUGCCAACUGAGGAACCCUAACACCGAUUUGUUUUCUUUCUUUCUGGAGAAAGUAUUUGAAGGAGCAAAAAGUUUACUGUGCUAACGUAUGUAUAUCACCAACUUCAUCUGUUACAUUCAGGUACAGAUUGUACAUUGUUACUAACCACUAGCAUACUGAGCUUCAUGCUGUAGUAUUACUUUAAAUGAAGGUAUUCUCACUAAAAGUUGUAUUUUAAUGCCCACAUAACAACUGUAAAUGGUAUUAUGUUAUUGUCCUAUAUUCUUAAAUGUGUCAUUAUGUCUGAUUUGCAUCACAAGUGCCUGGGAACUAUUUCAGGUGUCUGAUGUUGUACAUUUGUUGUUUUUAGCUGUUUUUUGUAAGUAUAUUUCCAUUAGUUGUCCUUUUUUAGCCUGUAAAUAAUUUGUCUUUUUCUAGUUUUUAUUUUAGUUAAAGCCAAGACUCUAUGGUACAAUAUCUAUGUGAAUGGGGUGUUGUUACGAUAUCAAUGCUAUGCUAGUUUAAAAGGGUAAGAAGGGCAAAAGGAAGGUCGAUUCCAUUGUGAGGUACUUUCAACAAAUUACUCACCAUCAGGAGUAUUCAUGCAGUGUGUCAUUCAAGGGACACUUACGUACUUUUUUAACCUGGACCCUAUUUUCCCAUGUUUUUAUGGCUAACUGACAAAUGGAAGCAACAGUUUUUGAAAUUGGUUCAGUAUUGAGAGAGAUUGUUGCGACCAGUAGCCAUAAAACUGGCAGCAAUGUAAUCUUCGGUGCACCAUCAAUGUGCGUCCAUUAAAAGUGCUUGUUUUUGUUACUGACACUCAGAUUUUUACUAUGUGCCUAUGAUAACAUUAUAGACCAGACCCUCCGAUAGAUUAAACAUUUUCUCCUACUGAUUUCAGGCUGGCUCAAUUGUUUCAGGAAGACAAUACAGACAGAGUGGAUCAAGUGGAUGGUAAAGAUAAACGCUUCAUUUUUCUAUAGGUUGUACUGUAUACAUGCAGUUAUACAGUUAUACAUACUACAUAAUGCUGUUAGACACAUACAGAGAUACAUAUAAUAAUCUGAGCAUAUCAGUGGCAAAAACAAGCACUUCAGAGGACAUAAAUUGAUGGCAUGCUACUGUCAUGAAGAUCACAUUGCGGCCUUUGCUGAAAACCAGGUUGAAAACACGUUUCCCUCUUAGACUGGACAUGGAUAGCGAACAUACAUUUAAAAUAUGCUAAAGGCUAAUCAGAACUGAAAAGGCUCUCACACUUGGAAAGCACAACCUGCCACCAAACUGUACAACACUGUAAUACACUGAGAUUUGAGCACCAACUACAGUAAGUCAGUCAUUUUGAACUAUGAAGUUUUGGAUAAUAUGCCCAUUAACUUUCUUGCUGAGAGUUAGAUGAGACGAUAGAUAACACUCUCAUGUACCUUCAAUAUAAGGCUACAGUCAGCAGCUGGUUGUCUUAGCUUAGUACAUAGACUAUAUAAUGACAUGACAACCCCCUGAAAGUGAAGCCAAAACAUCUCGAUCGCCCCCUGGUGGCUGGCUGCAGUAUAGGUCAUAAACCCCGCCCCCUGUCAUGUUUGCAAAUGGGACAUGGGCCAGACUAAAAAAUUAUAAUAAACAUCCAAUACAUUUUUCCCAAGGAUGAUGGUUUCUGUAAUUUUAGGUAGUUCUUAUCAUGCUGCUGUAUGUUCAAGUGUCUUUAUGCUAAGUUUGGUGUUAAUAAUUUAUUUGAUGCCUUAAAAUGGGGGGUUGAUGUCAUUCCAAUCUAUGGAGCUGCUGACAAUUAGGUUGGAAGGCGGGAACUUGAUAGAGCAGAGAUUGCUAAUGUGCAGACCCUGGCUCCAAAUGAUGUCACUAGGGCAAGAUGGCAGCGCCGGUAUCUGGGAUAUUUUGGCUUCACUUUUGUACAGUGGGAGGAGGAGGCCUUGUCUAUCUUUAUAUAGGCUGCAGUCAUUGGCUUAGCAAAAAGACUGGAAAGAGGAAGGACUGGCUCUGUAGAAAGAUAACAAAAUCUUCAUACUAGUAUUUCUUUAGUUUGCCAGAUAAAUAAUUAGCAUCUUGUUUAAUCCAAAAGUUUAAGAACACCAAGUUGUGGUGUUAUAAGGAAGUUCAAGUUGUGGUGUUAUGAGGAAGUUCUGUACCAGACUAUUAAUGAUAGACUUGCUCUGUCCAGUAGCAUGAAUAGUCCUGUGCUGGUAGGCAGAUUUUUGUUUGGCAGAGCCAGGUCAGCUGUCACACAAAAUUAAAUAUGACUCUGGUAAAUCAGCAGUUAGCAGGAUUCAGGAAACUUGAGAGGCUGUUCAAUAUUAGCCAUCACCACAGAAUGACCUUCCCUAAAAGCCCUUUGUUCAUUGUACUAUACCUUAGUCGACACUAUCUUCAGAGUUGUGAACUGUGACUGAAGAUGGAGGCUUUUUUUCUUUGGACAGUAUUUGUUUAGAUGACCAGACAUUGAAUUGUGUGUACAGUAAACCUAACUGAAGGUAAACAUGUCAUGAUAUUGCACUUGAGAGUAAUAAAGUAGUCAUGCAGAUGGGGGUUUGAGGGUGGAUGGGGGGAACUAAUUGAAUGUGGGUAUGGUAUUAAAAAAGCCCUGGUAAUGUAGCUCAUGGUGACAAGACCGACAGUGCACCAGGACUGAAUUGUACAGAUCUGAGAAAUACUGAAUGUUCCUUGUAUACUAAUACAUAUACUGUACUAUACUUAAUGUGAAUUUGCAAAAUUCCUACAUCAGACAAGCAGUAAAACCAAUA